AUGCUUCAAUCGGACAACGCUCUGUCUACCGUUGGCAAAUCCACAACAAUGAACACAAUCACCCGCUUGCCUUCACAGGCUGUGGUGGGGUCUUCUAGGACAUUAGGAGUACUUGUGAGGCAUCGUAAAUUUUCUUCAACAAGAGAGAAUUGCUCCGUGAAUGAUCCUCGAGUGGUGGCAGAUGCCUUUCUCAGCAAGUUUUCCAACGGCCAGACAUUUAUUCGAAAACAACUGCUAGACGCCAAUCAAUUGCGACUGUUUUCUUUGACACUGGACCGGGGACAUCUAUGGUCGAAUUCCACCUUAUCCUCCAAGAAUCUGGAAGAAGUCGAGCCGCCAGCAGGGACCCCCAUACCACCGGCUUACCAUCUCGCGUACUUCACUCCUGCACAGUUACCGGGAAUUCUCGGCCUAGAUGGAACCGACGCCUCUUUCAAUCCAGAUGCGCCUUUUACGAGACGGAUGUGGGCCGGAGGAUCAUGCCACUGGCCUGGUGCGGACCCCAAAUCUGCCUCACCAGCAUUGUUGAGAGUGGGUGAUGUGGUCACCGAAGUGACCAAAGUCUUGAGCUGCGAACCUAAAGUGAUCAAGAAGACCGGCGAGAGCAUGCUGGUGGUCGGGGUGGAGAAGGAAUUCAGGAACAGCAGAGAUGAGCUUUGCGUGCUUGACCGACGAAAUUGGGUAUUCCGACCCGCGCUCGACUCUUCUAAAUCUGCUUCGCUUGUGCCAAAGCCUAGCGAGUUGACGACUGCGGAACUUGACCAAGCAGCGAAGGGCAGGAUCAUUCGAGAACACAACCGGAGCGAGGCGACGCUCUUCCGGUUCUCCGCCCUCACGUUCAAUGCACACCGAAUCCAUUACGAUAAACCGUGGGCCACGGCGGUGGAGGGUCAUCGGAACGUGGUGGUCCACGGACCCAUGAAUCUGAUAACGAUGCUAGAUCUAUGGCGUGACGAAAGAGUGCGUCAAGACCGAACCGCGACGGGACGAAGUGAGCUAGUGUUUCCUCAAACGAUUGUGUACCGAGCAACCAGCCCUGUCUACGCAGGGGAGCCGUAUCGAGUGGUCAUGGAAAAUGAAGCCGUGGGCAAGAAGGAGGCAGAUGUGCAGGUCGUCAGCAAUGACGGUACAGUGUGCAUGAAGGGCACGAUCACUGAUUGGUGA